CGCGCAAUUUUUUUCGGUUUUUGUUGCACUUCGGGACCAAUUUCCUGCCUUCGGCGCUCCACGUUAUCUCUCCACCUCUCCGUUGCAAGCCCCGCCGCCUCCCCCGCUAGGACGCCGACGCGCCGUCAAAAACGUGUGAUUUGCACGUCACAGUCACAGCUUUCUGUCGUGAAAGUCUUUUAAAUGACCUAGACGACUCGAGCCGCUGCAAGUCGCCCUCUGCUCUCAGGAGAACACCAAAAAUCUUCCUAUUAUCACUUCGUAAGUUACUUUAAGCCAAGAUGUUGCGGUCGGUCGUCGUGCGAAGCGAACUCGUCAAAGGCACCUUGAGGAAGGCCGUUCGUGCCAACUUGGUCCGAAACCUGUCAGUCGUUAUCACGAAAAGGAAAAACCACCACAGGAGUCUUCUGAGAGAACACAGGCCGCUGGAAUGGCAGGGCCCUUCCGUCAGCUUGGCGCGGCGCUACGCAACCGACUACCCCGCGCACACGAGGGUGCUGCUGCCAGCGCUGUCCCCGACGAUGGAACUAGGGACCAUCAUCAGCUGGGAGAAAAAGGAGGGCGACAGACUGAACGAGGGGGACUUGCUGGCGGAAAUCGAAACCGAUAAAGCCACCAUGGGUUUCGAGACUCCAGAGGAGGGCUUCCUGGCGAAAAUUUUAGUGGCGGCGGGCACCAAGGAUGUCCCCAUCGGGAAACUAGUCUGCGUGAUUGUGGAAAACCAGGCGGACGUUGCCGCCUUUAAAGACUUCAAGGACGACGCCGCCGCCGCGGCGCCCGCCAAGCCGGCCGCGCCACCGGCCCCCGCGCCCGCCGUCGCCGCCCCCACACCCCCUCCAGCCCCGGCGCCACCCACGGUGCCGCCGCCGUCGUCGGCCCCCAGCGACCGCGUCUACGCCAGUCCCAUGGCCAAGCGGCUCGCCGAGCAGCGCAAUAUACGCCUCCAGGGUACAGGUACUGGACUUUACGGCUCCAUAACGUCCGCAGAUCUUGAUAAGUUGGCGGCAGCGCCACCCCCAGGUGCUCCGGCGGCGGCGAAGGCGCCGUCAGCGCCCAUGCCCGCCAACGUCCCCAGCGGCGCCCCCUACGUCGAUAUUCCCGUGACCGGAAUGAGGGGCACCAUCGCCAAGAGACUGCUGCAGUCCAAGCAGACAAUACCCCACUAUUACCUAUCGAUCGAGUGCAACGUGGACAAACUACUCAAGUUGAGGGCGCGCUUCAACAAGAAGCUGGAGAAGGAGAAGGUGAAGUUGAGUGUGAACGAUUUUAUUGUGAAGGCGGUGGCGAUGGCGUCGAAGAAGGUGCCCGAGGCGAAUUCGGCGUGGAUGGACAGCGUGAUCAGACAGUACUCUUCUGUGGAUGUUAGCGUGGCCGUGUCGACCGACCGCGGCCUACUCACCCCCAUUGUGUUCGGCGCCGACUCCAAAGGCGUCAUCGACAUUAGUAAAAUAGUUAAAGGUUUGGCGGCCAAGGCCCGCGAGGGCAAACUCCAGCCUCAGGAAUUCCAAGGUGGUACCAUCAGCGUGUCAAACUUAGGCAUGUUCGGUGUCGAUAAUUUCUGUGCCAUUGUAAACCCCCCACAAAGCUGUAUAUUGGCGGUGGGCACCACCCAGAAACGCUUGAUUGCGGACGAGUCAGAGAAAGGAUUCAGACAAGCUGAAUUCAUGACGUUUACGAUAAGCUGCGACCAUAGAGUGGUGGACGGGGCGGUGGGUGCCCAGUGGCUGAAAUGGUUGCGUUCCUUCAUAGAAGACCCCGAAACGAUGAUCCUCUAAGUUAUUAUAGGUUAAGUGCGUCAUUCAUUUCAUGAGUUCGGGAGGUGUACCGUAGCAAGUCAUUUCAUGUCUUCCAGAACUUGGCCGUUCGUGUAAGUCGGGAUCCCUCCAUCUGUAUAUUUUUGCAUUUAAGGUUGAGUUUACGCGAGGGGAACGGUUUUGGAGGAUACAUUUCCUGUUCAUUUAUCGUUUGUCGCGUUGUGGAGACUUCAGAAUAUCGCUCUUUAUAAAAGUUGGCAUUCUUUGUUGAAAACUGUAUUUAUGUAUUUAAGUAUAAAUAAAACUAUUGUACAUAGA